ACCUCUCCUCCUCUCCGGUGCAGUCCUGAGAUCAUUCUGCCGGGGAGAGAGGGAUGACGUCCCGGCAAGAGAAGACGGCAGUCCGUCUGGAAAGCGAGCACUGGAAAAAUAUGAAUGGAUGUAAUUUGUUUAAAGACAGCUGUGACAGUCCUUCACUGGUUGACAAGGUUACAUGUUGGGACCUGUGAACGCAUUUAAAGUGGGGAGGUGAUGAGCAGCGACCGGAGCGCAGACAUUAUGUUUUGGAUUUGUUUGUUUUUCUUCAAUUGAUUUCAAAUUUUGACAUUUCUCACUACAAAUGGAGUCAGACCUGUAAAGAUUAAUUUUCUUCACCUCCUGAACUGUCUCAGACUAACACAAAGAAGAGUCACUGAAGCAACUUUGUCAGAGUUGAGCCGGAGAUGGAGCCAGAGGAAGGGAAGGUCUCUGUGUGGGUUUGCCGGGAGGAGAAGCUUGUCUCCGGGCUGACGAAGCGCACUACCUGCGCCGAUGUCGUCAAAGUCCUGCUGGAGGACCAGAACCUGCGGCAGGGAGCCUCUGCUGCGAUGCUGUCCGGCUCCCCUCAGUCCUACUGCGUGGUGGAGAAAUGGAGGGGCUUCGAGAGGAUUCUACCCAACAAGACCAAAAUCCUCCGGCUCUGGAGCGCAUGGGGAGACGAGCAGGAGAACGUCCGCUUCGUCCUGGUGAAGAAUGAGGCUUCGCUGCCCAACAACGGUCCACGCAGCGCCGAGGCCAAGGUGGUCCAGAGCCGGGAGAGUGGUGGUCCGGGUGGGGGGCUCCUCAAGGGCACCGCAAAGACCUGCUGGACCGCCGCGGCCGCUGCUGCCAACCUGUCCCAAGAAAAACAGAGGCGCAUAGUCAGGAAAGCCUUCAGGAAGUUGGAUAAGAUGAACAAAAAGAAAGAACAGACUGUUUGUAAAGAUAAGAGCUCUGUGGAGAAGAUGGAGACUCUGGUCCACCUGGUGAUCUCUCAGGAUCACACGAUCCGGCAGCAGAUCCAGAGGAUCAAGGAGCUGGACCGGGAGAUCGAGAGGUACGAGGCUAAAGUGCACUUCGACCGCAUCAAGAGACACGGGGUGAACUAUGUGCAGGACACAUACAUGGUGGAUUCAUAUGUGGUGGACUCCACGGACGCCAAAGGGGACCGGCAGGACGCACGUUGCACAGCGGAGGCCCUCGCGCAGUUCGAGGAGUACGCGCGCAGGUGUGAGGAGGUGGUCCGGCUGCAGGAGGAGUUGAUGGAGCGCGAGGCCCUUGUGGAGAGCAUCACGGGAGAGAUCCAGGAGGAGCUCAACCAGAGGUGGAUGAAGCGGAGGCGCGAAGAGAAAGGAGCAGAAGCAUCCAAGGACACAGACAGCGUAGCGGAGGACACGUGCCUGGCCGCGUCUGCUGCUCCAGAGGUGGAGCCAGAUGUGGAGAGUCUGUCAGAGAACGAGCUCGUGCUGGAGGAGGAGAGGAUCAAAACGCAGCUGGACACCAGUCUGUACAUCGGUCUGAGGCUGAAGACAGACCUGGACGCCAUCAGGGGGGACUUGGACCUGAGUCUGGCACUCUGGGAGACCAAGGAGAGUGAACUGCUGGAUCUACUGGCCAAAGUGGAAACCAUGGAGAUAGAGCAGGAGAGCAACACACUGACUGAUGAUAGUAAGGGAGAGCUGGGUGCAGUGAGUGCUGACACUGAGGCUGUGUCAGCAUCAGCAGAGAAGAGCAGCGUCUGGGUGGAGAAGGCCCGAGGUUUGUCAAAGACCUGCAACACAAACGAUGAGGACUCGGACACGGGCCUGAGCUCCAUGCACAGCCAGGACUCUGAUAACCCGCCUGUGUGUGAGUCGCUUGUAUAGACAGACUCACUGUGCAUGUUGGACUUUUAUGCAAUUCAAAGCCACAGACUCAGGGUCAGAGAAAUCAGUGUUGGCAAUACUGGGAGAUGUUCCUCCCGACCCAAAUGCACCUCAGUACAGAAACUGUAAUUCUAUAGCAAUAAUUCCUGUAUGUAGUCGUUGCACAAUAAGCUAGAAGGGACAGCAUGCUUAGAGGUUUGAUAGGCCAUGCUGCUCCAUAGCUGACCCAGACUUUUUACCUCCACGAGGUGAGUCAACAAAGUACCACUUAGUAGGAGAAAAAGCCUAGAAGAGUAUUAAUAUAAGCCACUUAUAAUCUGUAGUCUUCAAAGAGUUAAUAACAGCUUGCUUUUGUCAGGAGACAGUCAGAUUUCUGCUGUAUGCAAGGUAAGGAUAAGUGUUGUUUCCAAGGCACUCUAAUGGCCAUAAACAGACAGGUUUCCUUUAAAAGGUCAAAAUCAAGUGUACCUUAAUGCACAGCAAAGUACAGUCUGCUAUCCAUCACUAUACUGAUAGACAGGUCAGCUUCAAACAUGCUAUUAAAGCUCAAACAAAUACAUAAUAAAGGUUGGAUCAGUUUGCUUCAUCCUAUUCAAAGUGAGAUUGGAUUUUUGUACAAAAUACAUUUAAAACUGAUAUUCAGCACUGCUCAGUGGUCUGAAUUUAAUCAAUUGUUAAAAAAGAGAAAUGGAGACUUUGUGAAUUGGAGUAGAAACACUGAUCCUGGUCCUGCCUGCUAAGCAGAGUUGAUAUUGUCCUCAGUAUAAAUGUAAUGUCUGUCUCUUAAGCACAAACAAAUUAUAUUUAUUUAAUCCAGUUUUAGAGCUGGAUAGAUGACCAGCUGUUGUACUUUGUCCUGUACUCCAUAGGUUGGAUUUGAACAUGAAACACUUGUUUCCUGGUUCUUUUUGUUAUCGCAGCUCUUUUGUGACAGUGUCAUGGUUGUUUAAAGCUAUGGUUCCCAACAUAUUGGGCUUGUGACCCUUUAAAAUAAUACAACCCAUCAGACUCAUUAAAAGUUACAUUUUUCUAGAGCCAUGAGCAUUACAAACAAGCAAAGAAUGACUUUCUUCUUGCUCUGAUUGUUUGUUUUGAAUACUUAAAACUAUCAAGAAAGAAUGAAUUAUGAGUGCAACAAAAAAAAUCCUCCUAAAUUGGGAAUCACUGGUU